CACUCCCAAAAUUCGGCGGAUCUGACGGUGACGGUAGCAGUAUCGAAAAAAACUCUUGGAAAAUGGCUGGAAUUCAAAGAUUGGUGACUGCAGAGCACUUGAGAUCAAAUCUAAGGUGCCUCCAGGUUGCUUCAUCAUGGAGAGCGUUCCAAAGCUUUCGCAAGAGCUCAACUUCUUCAGACUACAUCCAAGACAGCAUUGUCCCCACAAUGCAUUUCCAGCACAGCCUUCCACGUCUCCCCAUUCCAAAGCUCUCGUAUACCUGUCGUCGUUACCUUAAAUCACAGGAGCCAGUGCUUACACCUGAAGUGUAUGCUGCCACCAAAAAGAUUGUUCAGGACUUUGAAAAAGGAGAGGGCAAUUCUUUGAACAGUCAACUCAUAGCCCAGAAUAAGAGAAACAAGCACACAAGCUACAUUUCUGGUCCCUGGUUUGACAUGUACCUGGAAUCGAGGGCGUCAAUAGUGCUCAACUUUAAUCCAUACAUGGCAUACAAGUUUGAUGAAAGACCAGAGUAUAAUGACCAGCUCAUCAGAUCGUCAAAUAUUGUAGUCUCAGCAAUGCGUUUGAUGAAGACCUUGAGAGAAGGCAAGCUAGAACCUGAAGUCUACCAUCUCAACCCUAAGAAAUCAGAUACUGAAAGCUUCCGCAAGAUUGCCAGGUGGAUGCCCCAGUCAAUAGCUGCUUACUAUGCCAUCCUCAACAAAGCCUUUCCAUUGGAUAUGAGCCAAUACUUCAGACUAUUCAACUCUACACGUGUUCCACAGAUUGGUCGGGAUGAACUGGUCACCGAUGAUAGUGGUCGUCACUUACUGGUAGUCAGGAACGGUCAUUACUACACAUUUGAUGUUAUUGAUCAAGAUGGUAGCAUUGUAUCCCCAGCGGACAUCCAGGCUAACCUGCAGUACAUCCUGAACGACAACACACCCCGUCCCGAUGCCCCCGUAGGCUACCUCACUGCAGAGAACAGGGACGUCUGGGCGAACGUCAGGACGAAGAUCGUAGAUACCAGUGAGAACAAUGCCCAGGUGAUGAAGAUGAUUGACUCUGCUGUAUUCUGUCUGUGUUUGGAUGAUACCAGUCCUGAUGGUCCUGAGGAUAUGACAAGGAAUAUGCUGUAUGGUGAUGCAGCAUACAGAUGGUUUGAUAAGUCGUUCCAGAUCAUUGUGUGCAAGAAUGGGCUGAUGUCGGUGAACUUUGAGCAUGCAUGGGGCGAUGGGGUAGCGGUGCUGAGACUCUUCAAUGAGACGUUCAAAGACAUGAAUGAAAGACCUGCUGUAUCACCGUCCUCACAGCCAUCCAAUACCGAUCCAUCUCAGGGUGUCAAUAGGUUGACCCUUGACCUUGAACCUGGUGUGUCCAAUGCCAUCAAUACCGCAAGAGAUAACUAUGAAGCUGCUACAAGUAAACUAUGCAUUGAUGCUUACCAACACAUGGACUUUGGAAAGAACUUUCUUAAGACUUGCAAGAUCAGCCCAGACUCUGUUAUGCAGCUUUCAUUCCAGAUGGCAUACUUGAGAAUGACGGGACAAGUCGGUGCUACCUAUGAAUCUUGUAGCACGGCAGCCUUCAAGCAUGGGAGAACAGAAACCCUUCGGUCUGCUACACAGGAAACCACUAGAUGUUCUCAGGCCUUCCUGAAGGAUUCCUCAGCCAGCCUGGAAGAGAAGAGAAGACUGCUGCAGGAAUGUUCUGAUAUACAUAACCAACUCACUAAGGAAGCUGCAAUGGGACAAGGAUGGGACAGGCAUCUCUUUGCUCUGCGUACACUAGCGGCCAAGGAAGGCAAGACACCCGCCAUCUUUGCUGAUCCAGCCUAUAGCUUCAUCAACCACAUCAUCCUCUCUACCAGUACCCUUUCUGCUCCUGCCGUCUUGGCUGGAGGCUUUGCUCCCGUCGUCCCCAACGGUCUGGGCAUCGGCUAUACUGCCUUGGAUGAUUCUGUGGGAUGCAACAUCACUUCGUAUCCAGAUUCGUUAAACGCGAGCGACUUUGUGGCUUGUUUGAUCGACUGUUGGAAGGACAUUCAGGAUGUCCUUAGUAAAACAAAUAAGCAAUAACAAAAAUGUUGUAUACAUCUAGCUAUAUAUAUAGGUAUGUAGAUCUAAAGCUUGUUAUGAGCACAUCUUUAUAUAGGCCUUCUAAAGGAACUCAAAUGACUUGACUAUUGUAAGACGAUAUGUCUAAAUAUUGCUGUUAUAUUGAACAUUUUAUAUAUGUGUCUUGAGAUUAGUGUACCAUUGUCCAUCCAGUAUUCGAUAUGGAUGGAUAUGCACAUUUAUUAUUUUAAUUGUCAAUAUUCUUUCAUAGAGAAAAAGAUAUUUCAUUUUGUGAUAUCACUUUGUAUAUAGUUAAGAAAUAAUUCUUGUGUCCAGCCUUUGGAAAUUGUUCCUGGGCUUCUUGGCUGAGUGCUUCACUUGAAAAAUUUCAGAUUAAUUUUAACCUGAUUUUAUAUUUAUGCAGUAACCCGAAACUGUAAAGGAUUGGUUGGCAUGCAAUAUGCGUAUCAGUUUUGCUGAGAGUUCUAAAUUGGUAUUCAUUUAUUAAACAUAUAUUGAAUAUUCUGUAAUUUUAGUUUUAUUAAGUUACAUGAAUAAUAGUGAUCAUCUUCAACUCCUAAAUAUGUUUUCAAUUAGAUAUUCUGAAUCUUACAUGUUUCAACAAUUAUUUGUAAUGUUUUUGUUUAUAUAGAAUAUGUAAAAGUCUAAAUAUCAAAGGAGGCACAGUACAAGGAUAAUUGUUUUGUAGAAAAGAAAGUUCACUUGAUAGUCUCUUUAAGAAGAAAUGUGAAAGUCCUGGUAAAGACAGAAAACAAAUUUCCCUAGAAUCAAAACAAAUAUAUAAUGAAUAUCCAAGUUUAGAAAUAAAUGAUAUCUCCCAAAUGAUUUGGUGGAAAAUUUGUGAUAAUCAAGGAAAUGAACAAAGAAGAAUCUGUAAAUCUUGUUUAACGUCCUGACCAAGUAUAAAACUAUUACAACAUGUAGUCCCAUAUAUAUAUGUGUUUAAGAUAUCUCAGGUUUAUGACGUAAAAAUUGCAAAUUUAUGUAAGACAUUCAAUUGAGGUUUUCAAAUGGAAUAUAAAUCUGAUAGUUUAAUCAUUUUAGGCCCAUAAUAAUAAAUAAUAAUAUGAAAAAUUUAUAUAGCGCUUGUGACAAAAGUUUCAAAGCGCUGUACAUGUACACAAAUCAAAAUUACUUCCAACAAAAAAAAAUCAAUAUUAUUAAUGGAAUUAGCAUUAAUCAAAUUACCAAGAAAACAAAAUAUUACUAACAUAACUUAACAAAUUAUCAUUACUUAAAUUAACAAGAAGAUCAAAUAUUAAUAACAUAACUUAACAAAUUAACAUUACUUAAAUUACCAAGAAGAUCAAACAAGGCAUGGUAAUAUUUAUUUGAACUUAAUUUAGAGUUAUUUGGGUUGCUUUUGGAAUAGAUGAAUUCCUAGAUUCUUUUUGAAAAUGUCAACGGUGGGUGAGUCCUGGAUAUGGGCGGGGAGAGUGUUCCAAAGAGUGGGGGCACAGACUGAGAAGGCCCUGUUACCAUAGCGGUUGUGGGUUCGAGGACCAAGUGCGAGCUGGGGUCUGGAUGAUGAUGGAAGGUUCAUGCUGGUAGUCUGUUUGGGUGAGAUCAGUUCAAUCAGGUAUGAUGGAGCAUGAUGAUGGAUGAUGUUGAACGUGAGGAGAAGGAUCUUGAAUUGGAUACGUUGGGGAAUUAAGAGCCAAUGUAGGGUUCGGAUGACUGGAUACAUGUGUUGCAGUUAAUUAGUUAUUUCACCGAGUCUCGCUCAUGAACUGUUCUUCUGUGCAGGGAUAUUUACUUCAGUGAUUUUUUUUUGCUAAACAUUCCUGUGAAACAUUGGAAAGUGAGGGUCUAUUUGUGUCUUAUUGUCUUGCUGAUAAUACUUGGAUGUGAUAGUCCAAGAGGUAGAUAUUCUAAUAUAGCAACAUCUCCCCUCCCUCCCCCCCCCCCCCCCUUUACCUUGCCUGUUCCACCUUUGGGGGCAUUUUAAGAAACUCUUAAGAUAUCAGCACUGGUCUGCAUGUGAGAUCUGAAUUCAUACAAAUGUUCUUUAUAAGUUUUAAAAUUUGAAGGCAUCUAUAUAAGUAAUUCUGUGGUGUCUUCAGUUUAUGUCUAUGCAUCUUAAGUGUCGCUCAUGUGCAGAAUGAUGAAACCACGAGUACUGUAUUUGAGCGACAUGUUUGUGUAUCGCUCUUUUGUUGAUGAAGGGUAAUGAAAUGCAUCAACUGAAAUAAAUAGCCACCACAGGGUAUGGAUGCAGUGCACUUAUACCCUGUGAAAAGUUAGCUCAAAUAACUGA